UCCGUGGCUCGAACCCGACCCCCGCCUCUCGACUUCCCCAGUCUAGGCUUGGGUAACCUGGCAGUAUCCCAGUCCUCGUGCAACCUUCGGGUGGCAUGGCAGUUAGGCACCGAAAGGUCAAACAAACGGCAGUGGAGCACCAGUGCUGCUGUCAAUGACGAUGAUGGUGGUGCCGAAUGGUUGUCACCAGUCUUAUCCCCGAGAGUUAUCACGAAGAAAGAAACGUUCAGCUGUAGCCCCCUUCAAAAGCCUAACUGCCAUGCCACCCGAACGGAUUAUGGGGGCCAAGAUAUUGACAUGUUGCCCAAUCCUAGACAAUGGCAGUGGAGAUACGUCGCAUUAGAACCACGCAUCUUCCGGUCAAUCAGGGUUGCUGGAGACCCCGUGAAGAUUCACUUCAACCUCAACCACGUAAUCCAACGGCGGAAGAAACUGAGUGUUCGCGUAUAUAAGGGAACCUGGUGGGUCCAGAAGGUCGAAUUAUUAGAUGAAGCAAAAAGUGCUGGAAACAUCCACAGGUUGCUUUACGGUAGCUGUAGAAUACCUAGCACAGUCGAACGUUUGCACAGCGGGGUAGAAUACCUCGAACAACCAUUCAGCUUACCAUCUGCUAAUUCUCUAGCCUUCGAGCAUGCAGCAUAUACAGUCUCGGGUGCGAGAUGGCUCAGUGAAGGCCCGUCUUUGAACCCGACUUCUGCGUCUCGACUCCUCCCGUUUAGGCUUGGGCAACCUGGCAGUAUCUCACCCCUCGUGAAUCCUUCGAGUGAUAUCUCACCUAGUCACCGAAAGCAUGUCACAGCUGAACGAUCAUUUAUUUAUCUUAUAAACAGCCUCAGAAAUGCCAGCACACAUAUCCCCACCAUCUUACUGGGCCCGAGGACGUUCUACCAGUUC